AUGACGUUGUUUUUCACAAAGAAUAAACAAUAUAUUGGCUUGAGUGUUUUUGUAUUGUCAGGUCGUCAAGAAGUGAGCACAGAGCAACGAACAAACUUGAAGUUUCUGGUCCGGUUGGGGAAAAGUCCAUCUGAAGCAUUGGGAUUGUUGCAGCAAGUGUACGGUGAUGAGACGAUGUCACGCUCACGUGUUUUUGAGUGGUGCAAGAGGUUUAAAGAGGGACGCGAGGAUGUGGAAGACAACCCCAGGAGUGGAAGGCUUUCAACGAGCAGGACUGAGGCCAAUGUGGAGCGUGUCCGACAGAUGCUGCUUGCCGAUCGUCGGUUGACUGUUCGAUUGAUCGCUAAUGAGCUAGGCCUGAACCGGGACAACGUUUGGAAGAUUAUCACUGAAGAUUUGGGCAUGCGGAAAGUCUGACACAUCCUUACCCCCGAAUCAGACAUAUAGAGUUUAUGAGCUUUUGAAUGAACUGAUGAAGAAUGUCAGGAAAAGCCCCCACAAAUAUCUGUAUGUCAUUUGGGGUUGACUAUCAAUGAUGUGGUGACUUUAACAUGAAUUUAGAGGUGAUUGGUUCAUUUCAAAUGCAACGAUAACUCCAGUUACAGAGGGUGUGCACACUUAUGCAAGCGAAUUAUCGACGCGGUUUGUUUUCACUUCUCCUCAAAAAUAUUUUAUUCAAAAUGUUUCAACUAUGUUUGUCACAGUGUUGGAUUUUUUUAAUUACAUUACUUAGCUUGG